AUGGAGGACGUGCAGGCCGUAGCCAGUGUUGUCGCUCGAGGAGCACUUCAAUUGGCGGCGGCGGCGUCCUCAUCAGCAGCAGCAACAUUUACUGCGAAGCCUGCUUGCAACUCGGACAACGACUAUGAUGGGCGCAUAGGGGCCGCCUUCCCAGUCUACGCGGGUCGCCAUCGAGGCGUAGGCGUUCCGGAAUGGGCAUUUUUCAUUGCGAAAUACUUUGGCUCCGGCGUCAUAAUAGCCACUGCAUUCAUCCACCUCCUCGCUCCCGCCUGCGAUGCCCUUACAGACCCUUGCCUCAAGGGCCCGAUAACGGACUACGACUGGGCCGAAGGUAUAGCACUCAUGACGAUCUUUGUGCUCUUCUUCAUCGAAUUGAUGGCCAUGCGCUUCGCUACAUUCUCCUCGUUCGGACAUACCCAUGACGACGACGAGCAAGACGACCACGGCCUCCAAAUCCGCACCACCCGCUCCCCUUCAAACGGCCAAAAACAUACACCAGGCGAAGACCACCUCUCCCACACCCGCGAACACAUCGAUCACGAUGAUCAAGACAACCCUACCUCCCAGGAACCAGCCAUCCACACCAAACCCGACAAACCUCCGCACGAAGUAGAAGACUACGCGGCGCAAAUGACCGCAAUAUUCAUCCUCGAGUUCGGCGUGAUAUUCCACUCCAUAUUCGUUGGCCUUACCCUCGCAGUCGCAGGACAGGAAUUCGACACCCUCUACAUAGUCCUGGUAUUUCACCAAACGUUCGAAGGCCUGGGUCUCGGGUCUCGAUUAGCGGCCACGCCCUGGCCGAAAUCGUCACGGUGGACCCCAUACCUAUUCGCACUGGGGUACGGUAUAUCAACGCCGGUCUCCAUGGCAGUGGGCCUGGGAGUCAGGGAGACGUAUUCGCCGGGAUCGCAGACGGGACUUAUUGUGGAGGGCGUGUUUGAUAGUAUUAGUGCGGGGAUAUUGAUAUAUACGGGGCUGGUGGAGCUGAUGGCGCAUGAGUUUAUGUUCAGUAGUGUGAUGAGGAGGGCGAAGCUGAGGGUCGUGAUGGCUGCGUUUGGGAUGAUGUGUUUGGGUGCUGGUCUGAUGGCUCUUUUGGGCAAAUGGGCUUGA